CGGCUCUUUCUUAUAGGCGGCAUAGAACAACUGGCUAUACAGUAGUAUUACGUAAUAAUCUGCUCAGGCGAUGAACUAUAGACCAACCUAACUUCUGUAUGAUUUAAGUGUGAUACACGUUCCGACUGUGUUCACGUAACGUAAAAUUACGAAUUGUACGAAUUCAUCCGAUUGAGUUGAUUAAGGUCAAGAAUGGUUUUCCUAUCGUUACCAUUAUUAAUAAGAAGCCGAGGGCCUGAUGAAUUCUGGCGGAAACGAAAAAUAUUUAUGCUUGCCGCGCAUCACUUGGGUAGAAGGAGGAACUGCUACAGCAUAGCUAUUAGGAGUGUACAAAGGGCUUUACAAUAUUGCACCAAAGGCAGGAAACAAAAAAAGGAGGAUAUGAGAGAGCUGUGGGAGCACAGAAUACAGGCUGGUGCACAAGAACAUGGCAUAAAUUUUCAAAUUCUUAAGGAAGGUUUAAGUAGGUGUAAUAUUUUUUUGAAUCGUAAGGUAUUAGCUGAAUUGGCGGUUUGGGAACCACGUUCUUUCAAAUCUUUAACGGAUAUUGCGUGUGCGAGAGCAAAACAAGAUCACUUCAGAGAAGCCUCGAAUAUAGAAGUACCAAAGAGCGUCUAUGUAAGAGAAUUGAUUAAAUAAGCUCACGAGCAACAAUUGUAUGAAGUAA